AUGAAUGACGAAGACAUUAAUUUUUCUUUAGAUAUGGUAUCUACUGAUAUGAAUUUUGAACAAGCUUACAGCAUGUAUAAUAAUUUACAACAAGAAAAUGCUAUUCAUCAAAUAGAAAACUUACAAAAGAUUCAAAAUAUGUCAUUAUUCAAUCAUCAAAUAAAUAUGGAAGACAUUAUGAAACCAAAUGUUGAAAAUAUGGAUGAAGAGGAUGAUGAAGAGGAAGAAGAAGAUAAAGAAGAUUCAGACAAUGAAUUUGAUAAAUUCUUCAGUAAUACUGAAUCAAACGCUUUAGAGAAAUUUUUGGAUAAUUUAGCUAAUCCUACAAAUUCUAAUCCAUUAGAUUUGUAUAACAAUAACUACAGUUAUGAAUUUAACUUCAAACCCAAAAAUGACUUUUCAGCUUUCAGUCAUCCUCCACAAUACCAAUUUCAAGAAAAACCAGAAGAUAAAGAUGAAUAUUUCAAAUCAUCAAACAUAAUACCUCAACAAUUACCAACUCCCGAAUCAAGACAAAGUUCUAUUGACGAAGAAGAACCAUUAUAUAAAAAACGUAAGAGAAGCACAUCCAAACCUUUAUUAACUUUGGAACAAAAACGUCUUAAUCAUUCAUAUUCGGAACAAAAAAGAAGACAAUUAUGUAAGUUAGCUUAUGAAAGAUGUUUAAGAUUGAUAACGAAUUUCGAUAAUUAUUGUAAGAAUCCACCAAUGAACAAGAAACUGAAGAGAAAACAAUUUAAUAAAGAUGGUUUACCAAACUUAUCAAAAUUUUGUGCUUUAAGUAAAGUUUCCAAUGAAAUCUUGAAAAUAAGGCUGAAGAAUGAUGACUUGAAAAAAUUAUUAAAUAUUUAA